AUGUUCCGUCGGGGAAAACUAUCAUUUCUCAGCACCAAAGAUGAUCGCAUCAAGAUCAUUAAUGAGCGCAUUAAUCUCACAGAACGUCAUCUAAUGGAAAUGUGUUCAGCCUUUGCGCUGAUCACUCGCAAAAUGGCGAAAUAUCGGGACUCGCAUGAUGAGCUGGCCAAAGGCAUCAAGAGCUAUGCGGAUGACGAAGAAAUCAACGAGAGCCUAUGUACAGGUCUCAAGAGCUUCACCAAUGCAGUCACCCUAAUGGGUGAUUAUAUGGACCUAAAUGUGCAUCGUCUGGAAUUGAAGAUAGUCAACGAGUUGGCACAGUUCGAGCAGCUCUGCAAAUCGACUCGGGAUAACCUCAGACUUGCCGUCAUAGCUCGGGACAAAGAGGUGUUGCGUCAGCGUCAAAUGCUGGAGCUCAAGUCCAAGUUUACUGCCAACAAUCAGAGUGCGGCAGACUCAGAACUUUACAAGGCCAAAAUGGAAGUACAGCGCACUAACAAGGACAUCGAUGAGAUUAUCAGCAAUUUUGAGCAACGCAAGCUGCACGAUGUCAAGCAAGUUCUGAGCGACUACAUACUCAUCUCUAUGAAGCAUCACACUAAAGCCCUGGAGGUCCUUAGUGCCAGUUAUUAUGAUGUCUGCAGCAUUGAUGAGCACGACGAUUUCCUUGAGUUCCAAAAGCUAAUGAAAACCAAAGAGGAGCCCACCAGCCGCAAGUCGGCCCUAAAGAAGAGCCUGCGCUCCCAGUCUAUGGAUAGUCUGGAGCGCGAGCAUUUGAUGAGUCCCUUAAAGCGGCACAACAAGCUAUCGAGGAGCAGCAAGAACCUGGCCAGUGCCAGUGGGGGCAUUAAUCAUGGGAAUAAGUUGGGACAGAGUGAAGAGGACGAAACCGAGGAAGAUGACGACGAAGACGAUGAGGAGGAAGAAACUGAACAGAGUGGCGAUGAGGAGCAAGAUAGUGGCAGUGCGUCGGACGAUGAGCAUGAGACGCCACGAGAUAACGCUGGCUCUGGCACAGGCGGAACGGGCAACCGAGACAAUGUCUUUGGGGCCAAGACACGUGCCCCAAAGGCCACCAGCGCAGCCGCUGAGCCAAGCAAUGCAGCUGCAUCAGCCAUCACAGUGCCUUCGAAACCUACACGACAGAGCGUGAAGCAUCCCUUCAAGGCGGUGGCAGCCACACAUGUAAGAUUGCAAAAGCAAUUCCAUGUGCCACAAAACUAG